GCCAACCGCAACUGUUCUUCACGCAAAUAAAUUUCUAAGUGAAGGAAAUGAUAACACCAAAAUUGUUCACCAUCCUUCUAAUAUAUUCAUUAUUUAAAUACAGCAAUGCAGCAUCGGAUGAAAUAAUAUUAGGGGAUGACAAACCAUACGAAGUAAUCGAAUUUAAAGUGCCUGCAGCGCUAUGGAAAGAAGCUCUAAAACCGACACCAGUUCUUAAAUCUCCUGUAACGGUCGUCGUGCCCGUUCAUGUACCACCGGAAAAUAAUGUUGAUAACGAUGACUACAUAGCUGACGAACCAGAAACAGAGGCGGUAACGGAACUGGCUGGAGCAGUAUCCAGUUCCAGUUCGCCUGUGGAUGAUCCAGUGGUGCAACAAGGAGCGAUAGCAACCGAAGCAGCGCCUCUGGUCACACAAGCAUCAGUAGUCCAAAGUGAGGCGACUACCGCUGCACCGCAGCAAGUCACUGGAUCAUUGAUCAGAUUCCCCUGCUCUUGCGUCCAAGGGCAGUGUGGAUGCUGCACUGGAGCGAUACUGCAAAGGUUCCGCACGAAAGCAUGUGGCAACAUAACGUUUAUUCCUGAGGAUUUCAUAUUCGACGUUAGAAUGACUUUGAAUGACAACACCGUCGUCCGGCGCAGAGUUUCAGCAAGUGAUCCACCACCAAUUUGUUUCAACCCAAGGAGGGCACCGUUCGUGAACGUGUGCGCAGAAAUAUCCAACAUUCGCAUACGGAACAGAAAUGCGUUUGCUUGUUUAGAUAUAAAUGCGGAUAUAGGCGGUUUCCCCGUCUACACGGCAUCGUUCAGGUGUUUCGGACUUGGUGCGUCCGGUGUCCAGACAGGAUUGAAACCAAAGCCAGUAUCGUCAGGUCCUGCUCCUGUAAAUCUCUUCGGGAACAACGAUGAUGAUGAUGACGAUGAUGAUGGAUUCCUGGGAAACGCCGCCGGAGCAGUUCUCGGAGACGGUCCUGGAAUCUUUGGUGGAGGCGACGAUGACGACGGUGGUCCUCUAGACGCAAUCGGCGAUGCAGUUGGGGACAUAUUCGACGGACGAAAAUUAAAUUAAAACGAUCGAAACGCUAUUUAGAAUACUUUAAGACUGUAUUUAACUAUUUAAAAGGGAUUAGGCUUAAGUAUUUAUUGUAGUAUAAGAAUAAAU